UGAAUGUACCAUACAUUAUACUUCCCCUCAUUUUUCGGGCGGUUACCAUAGUUACAAUCAGUGCAAACUAAUUUCAAGAGGAAAAACAAACUUUUCUUUUAUAAGUGUUAUUCCUGGUGAACUGUUCAAAUUAAAAUAAUGGAGAAGUCUGAAAUAAGUGACGAUAUUUACGAUGGGUUUGUUCAGCACCCAAUGGAAAAGCUGUACUAUGAAAUGGAAAGUCAAGAUAAUUUCGAGCCAAACUUUGGACCAAUGACUGCUGAUUUAUAUUCGCGUGGCAAUCUAAUUAGCAGUGGAAUCCCUGGAACAGCUGAUAAAAGGCCAUCAACUGCAGUUCGUGCCGUUGGAUAUACUUCCGAAGCCGGUCAUAUGUUCGACCCAAUGUUGCGUCAUCGAACCAAUAAAAAAACCAUUGUCCUUGAAAAGAAGAAUUUGGAACCGCAUGAGAAAUAUAAACAAUUGGAAGGAAAAAUACAGAAUUUGGUCGAAGAGUCUAUUUUGAUCAGUACGGGCCCGAGCCCAAAUUAUGUACAAGGAUUGAAUAAAGCCAAAGAGGCUUCAUCGUUGGAUAGGACAUUGUUAAGGCUACGAGAUCAGAAUAGUGGAACGGCUUACCAUAAUUUUGACUUGACAUACACAGUAUUUUUCAAUUUAGCCAAUCUCUACACAAAAAAUGAAAUGUACGUCGAAGCAAUCAACACCUAUAGCAUUAUGACUAAAAACAAAAUGUUCCCAAAUGUGAACCGUCUUAAGGUAAACAUCGGAAACAUUUACUUUCGCAUGGGCAACUAUCCGAAAGCUAUAAAAAUGUAUCGAAUGGCCCUCGAUCAAGUUCCUAACAAUCAAAAGGAACUUCGUCUUAAAAUAACUCACAACAUUGCAAUACUUUUCAUUAAGUUGGGACAAUAUUCAGACGCUGCGGCCAGUUUUGAAUAUAUCAUGUCUGAACGUCCUGAUAUGAAAAGUGGAAUGCAUUUAGUUUUGUGUUACUACGCCAUUGGAGAUAUUGAGAAGAUUAAAAAGGCAUUUCGGCAACUGGUCGAUGUUCAACUUGAUUAUGACGAAAGUGCCAAAAUACAGGCAGACGUCGAGGAUAAUCAAAAUCAACAAUAUGUAUUAGAUGUGAUUCGAAACGAUGAACUCGCUUCUCUUUUCAAUGUGAAGAAAAAAGGAGCGGAAAAGAGUAUUAUGCUGUUGGUGGAUCUUAUUUCGAGUAUAAUCGAAGAGAACUACAAUGACGGAUAUAACUGGUGUAUUGAGUCAAUAAAGACAUCGGGAUUCGCAACUCUUGCAAAUGAAUUAGAAUUGAAUAAAGCGCUUGUAUAUUUGCGACAGAAUGAUGUCAACCAAGCUAUUGAAACGUUGCGUUUCUAUGAAAAGAAAGAGCCGCAAGUCGCCGCAAAUGCAAUUACAAAUUUGACAUUUAUUUAUUUAAAGUUGGGUGAUCUUCAAAACGCCGGUAAAUAUGCCGAGCUAGGUCGGAAAAUUGAUAGUUACAACCCUGCAGCUUUUGUGAACAGUGGGGUCUACGAAUUCCAAAAAGGAAAUUUCGAACUUGCUAAGCAGUACUUUGAAGGUGCCCUAGAAAUUGAUAUGACCUCCUUUGAAGCAACUUACAAUUUGGGACUUGUUCAUAAACGACUUGGUGAUAUCAAUGGUGCAGCUGCAUAUUUUCAUAAAAUCAAACAAAAUCUUUCACAUGCAAAGCAUCCUCACGUCUACUAUCAAAUGGCUAGCAUUCACGAGAGUUUCGGUGAGAAGAAUGAAGCUUUAGACUUCUACCUGCAGUUGCUUGGCAUUCAGCAGGAAAUGGACCCAGGCGUCCAUCAGAAAGUGGGAGAGAUUUAUGAAAGCUAUGACGACCGUCAGGAAGCCAAUCAGUAUUACAGCGAAUCAUUUCGAUUAAACCCCAGUGAUAUAAAUAUUGCAUCUUCAAUUGGAUCAUAUUUCAUUCAAUUACAAGCCGCAGAGAAGGCAGUUUACUAUUACGAACGUGCAGUUUUGGCGCAUCCAAAUGAGCCGAAUCUAAUGCUUCGAGUUGCAAGCUGUUUUCGUCAUAUUUAUAGUCCUCGAAGAUAUUUGCAAUUAUUUGAAAACAUACACUCAAGAUUCCCAGAAAAUUUGGGUUGCUUGCGAGCACUAAUACACGUCACUCAAUCACAAGGGAUGAUGGAGCUUUGUGAGAAAUACAUGGCGGAAUACAAACGAAUAGAGCGAAUUCUACAAACAAGACAAAGGAUAAGUAGCACUGGAACAACAUCAGGAAUGAAAACUCCUCAACGUCUUGACACUGGAAAAUCGUCAAGAAGUUCAGCUGGACAUGAAAUGAAUUCAUUGAAAUCUUUCGGUGGUGACAGUCAACAAAUUGAAAGCAUUGGUAGUGCAGGUGUAAGGUACUAUGCGGAUCCAUUGGGUCCUCCAGCAGAAAGGCCACGUACUGGACAAGUUCCAAAAACAGCAAGUCGAGAAUCAGAUGAUGAUUUAGAUGCAGAAGAAUUACUACCAAUUUAAUUAAGUCAGUUCAAAAUCUUUUCAAAUAUAUAUUGAAUAUGUUUAAAUGAA